CAAAGGUACCCAAUGUGGCCACAGCAAUUGCCUCAGCUUUAAACAAUACUGAUGAUGAUGAUGUUGAAGAUGACAAAAUUGAGCCUCCCAAUAAAGCAGCAGAACAGAGUUCCCCAGUAAAAGAAACUAAUUGUCAAAAGGACCAAUUGGGGCUGUCAGCAGACCAGCAAUGAGUGGGUCCUUUGAUGAAUCUUCAUCUUUGUGUGUGGACUUGCCAUCACCCACCAAUGGUGAAAAAGAGAAAGUAGAGGAGAAAACUCCCCCUGAAGACAAUCAGUUGUCCCCAACAAACACCCCUUUAAAAUCUAAUCUAGAUCUUGGAAGUUACUCACAUAGCAAAGCAAAGAAAUCUUCUAAAGGACUUAGCGGUCUCCUGUCAAGAGCCAAGGAAGGUGCCAAGAAAACCAAAGCAGCCCUCAAACACCCUUACCCCAAAUCCCCUCUGAAAUCCCCUUCCAAAUCUGUUGGCAAGUCACUUGCCAAGGCCUUAUCCAAAUCGGGAGGGAAGAGCUCUAGUCGAUCAAAGUCCCCAUCUCUCUCUCCCUCACAUGAAAACUUGACUGAUGAAGCUGCAGGAGUUCAAGGUGGUAAGAUUGAUGAGGACUCUGAAGAAUGGCGGGCUUUUCAGGAAAUGCAAGAAAGAAUCAAACAAACUGUUCAGCAGACCAGGAGCAACCUCACUAAACUAGCGUCCACCACUGUAGCUGAUUCUCCAGAUGGUACUGUCAAGGCUGGGGGACAGGCAGCUGGAGGGACUUGGGUGAGCUUUGAUCAAGAACAGCUAGAAAAGGACGACAGAUUAACAGAAAUUGAUAUAGAUGUGAUUAAAAAUGAUCAGCUAGAUUUGUCUUGGGCAGCUUAUGAUGACAAUAUUACAGACACGGAGCUGAUUGACACAGGAACAGACUUGCUUCACUUGGAGGUCACACCUGUUCCCUCUCCUAGAAUAUCACCACGGGUGCCUAGCAAUAGUGUGAGAACAAGUCAAGAAGAUUUGACACAGGGAGACAUUUUAAGUGACGAUAACUUGCCUACAGUCAGUAUGGAUCUGCUUGGCCUUGGUGAGAUGUCUACCCAGAGCUCAGAGCCUGGCCAGCCUGCUGGGAGUUUGUUAAGUGAAGAUCUCUUAGGGCUAGGCCUUGAUAGUCAGAUGGAGAAUACAAAUACACAUACCACAGAUUCCUUUGAUCCACUUUCAGAACCUGUGCCAGCUCCUAAAUCUAAAACAGUGGAACUUCUCUUCAGUUCUGUCACAGACAGUUCUCAGUCCUCUCAGAGGUCCAGUCCAUGUGUCUUUGACUCAGAUUUAUUAGGAGGAAUGGGAAAUGCAGAUUCCCAUCCACAACCAGAAGAUUCCUCUGCCAAGGAGUUGGUGAACAGCAUCAUGGAUGAUUUUCUUGGCUUGAAUUGCACAGAGAAAGCUAGUGAGCCAAGCCCUGCACACCCUGCAGUUGCAUUUGACCCAUUCCAAACGAUAUCAGAUGACUCACAUAUUGUUGAUAAUAAUCCACGUCAGACCUCAAGGCCAACUGGAGAAAAUCCAUUUUCUUCUAUGAGUUCAAAUGUUACUUCUUCUAUUAACCCAUUUGACACCUCUGGUACAAGCUUGUUUUCAAAAGCUGAUAUGUCAGAGCCUUUAACAAAAGCUCAGUCAGAAGCUCCUAAUCCUUGGUUUUCUCAGACUCUUGAAGAGGUGGGUGACCCUCACACAGAAAUGAGUUUCUUUGAUAAAUCUGGUCAAGCACCAAGUGGUACUGAUGGUGAAGUUGAAGAAAAAAAGCCUCAACAACCACAGCAGCCAAAUAUUUUCUCAGAAAGAUCAGAUAUGGGGAUUAAACCAGUUGUUCAAAGUAAAGACAGCAGUGUUUCUCAUUUUGUUCCAGAAAGUGUGGUCUGUGUGAACAAACCUGAUUCCUCCCACAAAGAUUUUGAGGAAGCAUUUGACACUAAAACUUCAGAGGAAGAGGUAGCUGUACAUGUAGUAAAGCCAGUACAAGACUUUGAUGAGGAUUUCUUUGGUAAAGUGGCUCCAUCGGAUACAGUUGAUGCUUUCUCCGCAUGGGGUCUUGGUCAGUCGGAAACAGCUGCCUCCAAUAAUCCAUUCUUGGAUGCGUCUUUCUCUUCAGGUCAGUCAGAUGCAGGAUUUAGCGAGGAAAAAUCUCAGGUUGAUGUGAACAAAAAUCCUUUUCUCUCUGAUGACUUUGCCACAUUUUCAAGUGAAACUAUUAUUUCCAAAAACCCAUUUCUGGAUGAAGGGACAGACACAUCUGCUCCUGCCCCAGCCAGUGAUCUAUCUGCAUUUUUGUUUGAGGGCAAUACUGGUGUUAGUGAUUCAGAUACUUUUGAUCCCUUUGGGGUAAAUAAUGCUCAACAGCUUGAACCCUCUGAACGAGGACCUGUGUCUAUAUUUGAGGCGGUCUCUGCUGCAGGGGAUAAUCAGCUUGUAGAACCAGGGGAAGAUGAUGCAGAAGAAGAUUUUGCUGGAGUUCCGCUGAAGCUGGAGAUAAAACCGUGUAGUAGGAAGCCUGUAGGCAAUGCUCCUCCCAUUCCACCACCACCGAAAACUUCAGCAAUGCCUUUCCGAGAAAACCCGUUUGACAGAGAUUCACCACCUGAAGAAGAAUUUGCCAAAUUUGAAGUCUCUGAAGAAUCAGAGAAGGCAAAACUGGAGAUGGCCAUGAGCACUUCGACUGAAAGCAGCACCCCAGAUGACGAGGAGCCACCUGGACCUCUAGAACAGUUUCAUCCAAAGUUUGAGGGUAGUGGCUGGCACCUAAUGCUGAGGCAGCCAACAAAGAAGAAAAUCACAGGAAAUCGCUAUUGGAAGAAUGUGUUUGUGAAGUUAGUCCAUGUCAAAGACGGUCCAGUGUUGAAAUUAUACACAGAUGAAGGUGAGCGGGAACCUUUUCAGGAAUUGCCUCUCCAACCUUGUUACUCUCUGUCAGAGAUAGCACUACAACAAUAUGAUCAGUAUGGCAAAAUACACACAGUCAAACUCCAGUACAUCUUCUACAGAGAAAAAGUGGGCAUCAGGGCUGAAAGAAUUACACCAAAUUUUGUGCGGAAACCAAAAGCAACAAUGAUUCUAGAUCAUACACCUCAAGUUUCUGAACUGCUGAAAUUUGGCAGUUUAAAGAAGGAUUACUUGCGAACUUUUCUUUGGGAAGUUGAAGAUGCUUUGAUGAAUAUGGAAACUCACAGGGACAAAACUCUUAAUUACGCCAAAGAUGAAGUGUCUGUCGAAGUUUGGGAUGAGUUUGAGGCCACAAUAGACAAGGAUGGACACAUCAUUGCUCAGAAGUCUCGUGUGCGCAUCUUCUGCCUAGCAUUUGUAACGGGCAUGCCUUCAUGUGAGUUAGGUGUGAAUGAUAAGAGAAGGAAAGGGAAAGAAGUUGUUGGAAGACAUGACAUUAUUCCUGUGAAAACUGAGGACUGGAUAAAAAUCCAGGAUUAUGAAUUUCAUAGUGUUGUUGAUAGGGAUGCUUUUGAAAAGACAAAUACUAUUAAAUUCUACCCUCUGGAUGGCUGUCAGUUUGAGCUCAUGCGCUUCAGAGCUCGGCCAAAAGAGAACCGAGAGCUUCCUCUGCAGGCCAAAAUUCAGCAGAUCAUGAAGGGAACGCAUGUUGAGAUACGCUGUGACCUCUUAGUCACAGGUUACCAUGCCAACAGCAAAAAGCAUGGCCAGUUUCCCUGUGAGGAUAUUGAAAUUCACUUUCCCAUUCCUGAGCAGUGGAUUUACCUGUUCCGCUACGAGAGACGGUUUGGCUAUGGCUCCUUUAGAUCGGCCACCAGAAAACCAGGUAAAAUAAAAGGUUUGGAGCGCCUUACUAUGAUGGCUCAAGGAUCUUUAGCUCCAGCCCUUCUGGAAGCAUCUGUUGGAACAGCCAAAUAUGAAAAUGUGUACAGGGCAGUGGUCUGGCGAAUAAAUCGGUUGCCGGAGAGAAAUGAAGGUGCUUAUAAGUCCCAUUUGUUCCAGCUAAAGAUGGACUUGGGUCCUCAUGAUGAAAAGCCUGCAGAGUUUGAGAAAUAUGCUGACAUAGAAUUUACUAUGCCCUCCAGCACUGUGUCUAAAACCCAGGUGCGUUCUGUCAGUGUGGCCAAUCCAAACCCCCCAGAGAAGUGGGUGAAGUACGUUGGCAAGUACCAGAUGAGGGUGGAGAUUGAACACCAGCACCUGGAAGAGACAGAGGAGACCAGUGAUUGAGGAUGCCAGGGAUUUCCACUCCAAACCGCUGAUCUUCUUGUAUCACAGUAACAUAGAGCUCAGUAUCUGUAAUCUUGGGAUCCUAAUAGUCAAGGUCGUUUUCCAAAUUUUGCAGGUUAAUCAACAUAGAAGUAGAUUACAUUGGAAAUCAGAACAAAUUUGUGCAGUUGCUGGGUGAAAACAUUGCUGUUAGUAGAUUUCAGAGUUCUGCUGCAUGCAAAAUAAUUAAUGAGGUAUUCAUACAUUAUGCAGUGAUGCUGUGGUGUGGUGUAAAACAUUCACUCUUCUGGCACUUUAUGAUAAGUAGUAUUGCUAAUGCCUAUUCAGACAGUAAGAAAUUCAGUUGUCCGCUUCAUCUAUAACCUGGUGGGUAUGACAACAUGGCAGUAAGCCUAUCCUCACCACUUAUCUACAAGAUAGCAUAUUGUAGGUUUGGCUGAUUCAGGGCUCAACUAGUCUCAAAGCUAUUCACUACUCUUUCAUCCAUAAUACCAGGCAAUUUCACAGGAAAGUAGAGGGUGUGCUCCAAAAAAUCUAAUUAUGGAUUCUGAUUGGUUCCGCCAUGGAAGAGUGGUUUAUUUGUUGCCACAUCUGAUUAGACAAUGCGUCAAAGUUCCUGAUUGGUCGAGGCACCAUGAGGUGACAUACUAGGGCAGGAAUGAGGUCACUCUGCCUAGAUAAACAGAGCACUGACUGAAAAAUGAUGGCCCUACAUGUAGAUGUAGCCCCCAGUGGCUUUCCUUUAGCCCAGAGAAGACAGUCUAGAUGUACACAUAAUCUUAAAGGAUACAUGAAAUAGUACUAUAUACCAGAGUGGUUUUAAGAAACAUCAAUGAAGAUAUGCCUGAAAAAUGAGAAUUUUUUCUCAUUGUUGAAGAAUGUUUUAUAUUUCCUAAUAAUCCCUCUAUUCCUGGUUGGAGGUGACGUCAUAGUUGAAAAGACUUGGAAUGCGAGACCAGCUUAGCACCCUGAAUUCGUUCUCUCCCCUUGACAUAAUUAUUUUGACGAAAUCGUAUACUGUGUAUUAAGAAAUAAAAACCAAGGGUUUCAUGUAUACAUUAACUAUGGAACAGUACAAACAAGGCUGUAAGUGCUUAAGGAACUGCCACUGGCUCAUCUGUAGCUGACUUCUAGCUUUCCACUUCUAUGAUCAGCUGAUGAUCUAGAGUUAUAAUCCAUGGCCCUUCCGUAUGCAACCAUGACUAGCAGGCUAGUGCCUUGCUGCAACCAAACCUCUGGCAGGCUAGUGUCCUGCUGCAACCAAGGUUUCGGCAGACUAGUAGCCUGCAACAACUGACGCUCAGGCAGGCCAAUGUCCUGCUACAACCAAGGCUCUGGCAGACCAGCACCCUGCCUCUGGCAGGUUAGUGGCCUGCUACAACCAAGCCUUUGGCAGGCUAGUGGCUGGGUGAGCACCACCAAUCAUCUUGACAUGGUAAAGGCUCCCAUUAUCAAAGCCACUGGGUUCCCUGUAGAUAAGAUUUAAACUGGUCUUUUCUUAACUUAUCAAAAAAUGGAUAUAUACCCCCAGGGAAAUAUACAUGUAGCUGUUGGAUCUCAGAAGAAAUUUUUACGGCAAAUUCAGUGUGUUAAAAAGUCAGUAUUAAUUAUCCCCAUUUUAGUCAUUUAUGUCGCUUGUUUUCACUACUUGUUUUUUUUUUAUGUUUUAUUAUUAUUAAGUAUUUUCAUUCACCCUUUCUGUCAACAGUGCCAAAGGAAAUCUCUGUAAGAUGCUUUAAUAUGAUGAGAUUAUUUUUACCUAAAAUGGUGUGUAAGAGUUUCACGCUAUUGAGUUUUAUUUUACCAGGGUGAAAUACUGUGAUGAAGCUACACACAGAUUGAUGUAUCACACAGUGUUGAUGUAUCACACAGAUUGAUGUAUCACACAGAUUGAUGUAUCACAGUGUUGAUGUAUCACACAGAUUGAUGUAUCACAGUGUUGAUGUAUCACACAAGUAUAAUUUUUUCAUGAAACAUUCCUCCUUCCCGAGAUAUAUGCCUUUUCCAGAAAAAAAACAAUGUUUCGAAGGUAUUACAUAUAUUGCAGAGAUUUUUAGUCAGAUUUUUUUUCAGAAAAUGAGAAAAUAGUCAUAUAUCUGUUAUUUGUUAUUGAAAAACUGGUUGUUUGCCCUAUUUUUCAAAUGCACUAGAGAAGAUGUGCCCUGUGGUUCAGUAAUGGAGCAAUAUGGGAAUGUUUCUUUCUUUCUUCAGAUUUUAUUUGUUCUUGACACAGGACAGUUUGAUUGAAUUAUAUGUAUCAGUAUAUCUAACACAUCUGGAAAAGAGUUCUUCAGGAAUUUUUUUUCUGUAUUUUUAGUUUUGGUUGCAGUUAUUUUAUGUUAUUUUGUGAUCAGUUUUAUACUGUUGUAUUAUAUUUCAGGUAGCUUUAAACAGAAAACAUGGCAUAUUGUUUUAAUAUUGUUUAUUUUACGAAAGUCACAAGUUUAGUCUUAUUUUUGAGAGUUGAAUAGAAGAUAGAAAUGCUUAUGCAGUUUUUGCCAGUAUCAGAUUUUGGUUUUUAGGACUGAAUUCAGCCCAUUGAAAUGAAUACAUCUGAUUUGUUUCAAUGGAAUAACCAAAAUACAUGCGACACUUACAAACGUAGCUUAAUGUUGGACACUAAGCAAUGGUGGCUUGUUACAGCGUAACAUGUUGUUUAUUUAUACACAUUCUUACAGCACUGUUUUGAUCUACAUGUAGACUGAUAAAAAGUACACUUUAUGAAGCCUUAAGGCCAAUCAAGCCAAUGUAAUAUUGUCUCUAUUAAAGGUUCAUUACUAAAGUUGCGUCCGUUUCCGUUCAUAGUGACAUGUGAUAUGGUUGAGGUGUCCACUUAAUCCUGUCAGUUUGUGGAUUGUUGAGCUGACUGAAGAUGAAAGUCUCAGAUAUGUGAGAAAGUGCAGAAGCUGAAGAGCUACUCUGCAUCUACACCUGUAUUUAUCCAGGGAAUGCUGUGAAGGUUGAUAUGUAUAUAUGACACACACUGGACUUUACAAUGGUUGUUGUUGGCACUUAUUGGUUUGAGAUUUGGUAGCUUGCAGUGCAUGCACAUGUAUUGUUGUCGUUGUGCAUGGACAGUCGCCAAUCCAUGUAAGUAUUAUACCAUGCCAUUCAUCAUAUUAUCCUGCAGUAGUACAUAAUGGAGAUUAAGGGACAAAGGCCUUACAGUAUCAAAGACACAUAUUCCAACAAUAAUUGCUUUAGUUCUUUGGGAUUGACCUAGGAUACAGCUGCUUGGAUCUUGUUAAUAGGAAACUGAAUGGUAAAACUGGCACUACGGUCAGACUAAAAUAGAGCAGGUGAGUGAAUGCGAAGUUUAUACGACUGCCAAAUUCGGAUUACAUGGAUAACCUGAAUAGCUUUAAUAGUUUUGACAAUUUCUAGGUGAAUGGAUUAAGAGAUAUAUGAAUUAUUUACACUCGCUCAAGAAAGAUUUCAUAAGAUGGCAAAACAUUCAAAAUUCCACAUUAACUGUUAUAGAAGCCUGUGUUUGUUAAAACCUUGUAAGAUGUGUCGAGCCAAAUCAUAUGUACAUCUGUAUGACUAUACGCUGUACGGCCACUUAACCUGUGUGUACAUUUUAGGACAUACAACUGUUCUAUGUUGUGCAUUCGGUGAUGUGCAAUACACACUGUACAUCCAUGCCCUUCUAUAGAACAUUUAUCUUCAACCUAACUGUUUGUUAAAAGUUGUUGUUCCACUUAAAUUGUUUGUGUGUAUAUAUAUUGUAUUCUCUUUGACAUAAUUGUAUAUAACUGAGCAUAUUUGUGUAUACUAAGAAAAACAUUUUUGAGAUAAAUGAAGAAAGUUACCAUAGUAUUGUAUAUGAUGUCAUGUGAAGUGUCUGUGUAUGUGUAGUUGGAGCAGCUGACCUAUACAGUGUAUGUCUGCUGACUAGUUUCAUUCUGUGACAAAUUUCCACACUUGGCAAGUCAGAUAUUCAUAGUGGGAGCAGCUGACCUAUACUAGUAUACUGUAAGUCUACUGACCAGUUUCAUUCUGUGACAAAUUCCCACACUUGGCAAGUCAGAUAUUCAUGUUACAUGUACUUCACUUUAUGUUUAUUAUCAGGCUGGUUGUUUUGUGAAUUGCUGCGUAUGUUUUGUAUUUAUUUAUUUAUUCAUUCAGCAGGCUAACAUUGUGAUAAUGAGGACAGCAUCGUAACUUGGAAUUCAAGGUCUGUCAUUGAGACAGCUUUUCCUCUAAUAAUAGUCACUUAUAACAUUUGUGAAACUUUGUAACCGACAUUUGGAAACCUAGGUUACCUUGGUGUACUUGGCUAUGUAUUGAACAUUGUCUUUUUUGCUUCGCAUUUCAGCAUAUUGCCAUAGCUCAUGUUUUAAGCAGUGUAUUAUUGUUUAUAUGUUUAAACAGUGCUUUUAAAAGGUGCUGUCUCUAGAUGUUAAGGCUAUAUCUUACUAUUUGAUAAGAUUUUAUUUAGGCCUAAAUCUUAAUCAUUUUGUUAUACUUGUUACCACUGAUAUUAAUUUGCCUACUCUGUGUCGUUUUACUUAUGUGUUACUGUUAUGUCUAUGUUCGUUUGAUAGAUAAAAUCAUUAAGUCAAGACUGAAACUUUAGGGCAUUUCUAAUUUAUGGUAAAGUCUACCACGUAUAUAAUUUCUGUUUUUGUUUUUGAUUUAUCCCACCGAGUAAGUCCGUCUUUCGCGAGAUACUUGAUGUUGUAGAUCGGUAAAAUUGGCGAGACAGCAAUGCAGUAGGGGGAAUUAACUCGAGAACAGCCUCUUAAAUUAGCUUUCUCAUGUGAACGGGGAGUUAUUGCCCCUUGGUUAUCGGAAUCGUAUGUGGGAUUUGCUGUUGGUCAUUUUAAUUGGUUAAGUUUUUCAUUGUGCACUUGUCUUGAACGCAUUGUAAUAGAUCAGUGAAUGCACUGCGGGUGAUUUGGACGUGGUGUGCAAAUGAGCUCGCCUAAACUAAAUGGACACCUGUGUUGCCUACCUGUCUUACAUGGUUAAUAACGUACAUGUAGCUGUAACUGCAUAGUCAACUUGCCUGUUGUGUCAUCUGGGACCACUUUGUGGUCGUCUCCCAGCCAAUAUAUAUCCAUAAUACAUGUAUCAUCUAUAUGAGCAAUACCUAUAUAAUACAGUGCUAUAACAUGUUGGGUAGCCACCGAUAUGGGCGAGACCUUCAUACCGGUGUUUGUCACCUAAAUGACCACGUUGCACACAAUUGUCCGUUUGCAUGUUUGAUCUGUUAGGCGCAUUAUCUUUGAUUACACCGCACUUUCAUCACUAUUGUUGCUUCAUUUGUGAAUAAUGCCAUACCAUCCAUCUUGUCAGAUCCUAUUCUUGGCACUGGCUUUUUCCUGGCAUUGUUUCACUUGUAGGUAGAAUCAGCUACGAUAUACCUGUUAAUAUAACCAAAUUUUACGCCAGUAUCGCGAAUUCCUUUAUACUGUAUAGGUAACAUGAGACUGUGUGGGAUUUAGCGAAAUCCUUUGUACGGAUAGCUUAGGUACCUAUUAAAGGGUUUAUCUUGGAACGUCUUUCUGAUUUUUCCACGUCAUAUUAUGCAUGGUGGUGUCUUUGAUACAUUUGUAAGCGCAAUAGUAUCUAAAGCAAUGUAGACAUAUAGUUGUGUAGUAAUAGAUACGAGAGGCCUGAUACGACACCGCAGGGUUCAGCAGACGCCAAGAUAUGACCUAAUUCUUGCAUACCGGUACAUCCUUGCAUCAGUAGACGUCGAGUACUUCAUACUGUUGUCUGUGAUCCGAAUACACCAAUGAUGUUGGGAUACGGACACUGUGCAGUCACUGGUUUGUGCCACGGCGGAUCUCUCUAUAGAGUAAAUAGAAGUUGUUGAUAUUGUUUCACAACAAUUUAAGUAUUAGCACAAACCUGAGACGGUGAAGUUAAUAAAGGAAUUUAAUACAAA